ACGACUACUGGAAGGACGACUUCGACCGCAACUGUUUCAACAUCGUCAACAACAACGGCAAAGACGACUACAGCUACAACCACAACAGUUCCAACUACGAUGGGCACAACACCAGCGUGCUGUGUUCUGGGAGGUGUUUGGUCUGAAUGGGUACAAACCGGAAAUUGUAACGACACUUGUGGUAACUGCGGAACAACUACCUAUUCAAGAACUUGUCUCUCACAGAGCAUGUGUGGUUCGUGCAGUGGCCGCUCAUCAAAAACAGGAGAAUGUGCUCCAGCACCAUGCGAAUACCCAAGAGCAACAUGUUGUGGUACCAGAACAAAAAUUAUCGUUGGAAGUACAUUCGAAUGUUCUGCAGGGGACGAUAGUGACCCACCACCAUCCACUCUCUGCGCACCGUCUUGCUGUCCAUCAUCUGGAGGAUACUGGUCAGAAUGGUCCGAUGGAGGUGCCUGCCCAACUUCCUGUGGGUCUUGCUCACAGAAAACUCAACGGCGUGUCUGUCUCUCACCAUCUUCUUGCCCAUGCAGAGGCGCUGAUUCUCGUGAAGUCAACUGUGGCAUCGGUGUUUGCUAUUUCCCACUAGACUCGUGCUGUGCAGGAUUUUCGGCUACUGUCAUUGAUAAUGCACAUGCAUGCGGACCUCAGCCAAACUACACAACACCAUAUGCUCCAUACGACCCAACAUGUUCCGAAACUUGCUGCGCAGAAACUGGAAUAUGGUCCGAAUGGACAACGGCUCCGAUGCAAUGCAGAGAUUACUGUGGAUCGUGUGGAAAUCAGACAAGAACAAGAGAAUGUCUAUCGGAAGCAGAUGGCUGUCCUUGCCAAGGCCCUUCAACAUUGACUGAACCAUGCGGGGUUGGAGUUUGCUAUUUCCCAAGGUUGAGUUGCUGUCCAGGAUUUAGUGCAACAGUUAUCAACAAUGCACACACCUGCGGACCAUUGCCCACCCAAGUAGCGGAACCCGAAAAAAUAAACACUUGCGGUGUAAACUGCUGCCCGAGCGCAGGAAUUUGGGGAGAAUGGACCACUGCAAUUGCUUGUAACGAUACAUGUGGAUCUUGUGGUACUACAACAAGAUCUAGAGUUUGUCUGUCAUUACAGUAUGGUUGCAGCUGCACGGGCGCUGCCACGGAUUCUCAACCAUGUGCUUCUUCG